CUCAUCUUCUUAUACUCUGCUGAGAAAGUAUUUAGAGCUUGUGAAUUAGAAGAUGGUGAAGCCUGCUGGUUACUUAGCACAUGGUACAUGGGUAAUAAAGAAAGGUUUCGUACUGGACCCACGGAAGGAAAUCAGGAAGUCGAUCGAACAUCGCUAGGCUCUCUUGAUCGGGACAUGUACAAAGCAUUGAAGUAUGGCAUCAAAGCAUGCGAAUUAGAUGUUCCUCAGAGCUGCGCCAACGUAGCUCGGAUGUACAAACUUGGUGACGGCAUUGAGCAGAACAUGGAUCAAGCGAAAAAAUACAUUGACAGAGCACGUGAAAUUGUAGAAGAAUUGAAAAGUCGAGAGAAUAUUCCAGCAUUCACUGGCUAG